AUGAAUAUGUGUUUGAACACUUUCUUUUCAUGUUUCUACCCAUCUCCUUUUUCCUUCUUUUUUUUCCUCUUUCUUUUUUCUUUUUUUGGUACCAUUAGGUUUAAAUUCAAAAGUUCUUCCCGAAUUUUCCACCCUUUUCUUUGCGAUUUCUCGUUUGCGCGAUAUACUUUUGCAUACAGUACUGGUUCGCAGGCAAACACAGUUACCCCGUUUGUUAGUUUCUCGUCCAUUUGUGCAUUCAAUCUUCAAUUUUUUUUUAAAAAAAUUAUUAUUAGCAUUAUCAUUAUUAUUUUGGUUCGUUUAGUUUCGUUUUCGGACUUUUUUCUCUCUUUUUCUCUUUUGCCACAUUAG